AUGGGGAGAAUCGGUCUAGUGGUUUCUGAUCUAGUAUUGUCGUUCAUGUGGAUAUGGGCAGGAGUUCUGGUCAACAUUCUAGUCCAUGGAGUUCUCGGAUUGAGGAAAGAUACGACCGGCGAUAUCGUCCGAUUUGGCUUCUCCAUCAUCUCCAUGUUCGUCUUCGCUUUCCUUCAGAAAGUCACCAACGGCGGACUUUUCAAUCCUUUGACCGCUUUGGCUUCUGGUGUCUCCGGUGGCUUCGGCAGUUUCGUCUUCUCCGUCCUCGUUCGAAUCCCCGUCGAGGUAUUAGGAUCAAUCCUUGCGGUGAAACAUGUGAUUCAUGUAUUCCCUGAGAUUGGGAAAGGACCUAAACUAAACGUAGCGAUCCAUCACGGUGCUUUAACAGAAGGGAUACUAACAUUUUUCAUAGUAAUCCUCUCAAAGGGACUAACAAGAAAGAUCCCAGGAAGUUUCUACAUGAAGACUUGGAUUACUAGUGUUGCUAAGUUGUCUUUGCAUGUUCUUGGAUCUGAUUUAACCGGCGGUUGCAUGAAUCCAGGAGCUGUUAUGGGAUGGGCUUAUGCAAGAGGUGAACAUAUAACAAAAGAGCAUUUGCUUGUGUAUUGGCUUGGACCUAUGAAGGCUACUCUGCUCGCUGUUUGGUUCUUCAACGUUGUGUUCAAGCCUCUGACCGAAGAUAAACAAGAGAAACCUAAGGCUAAGGCUGAGUGA